UGUUUAUUUAUUUGCAAUGUCGACGUUAGAUCCACAAGCCGCCAGUGCUGCUGGGGCCAUUAAAACUGUUUCAUUUACUGAAAAUGACCUUGAAAUAGAAGAUAUUCCUUUAAAUCAUAUAACUGGAGAAAACCCAACUCGUAAUUAUUACAAAGAGAUCCCAACAAUUGUUAUUGACACAACGGACGAGAAUAAAGAUGAUGAACCGGUGACGCUUCACCGAAAGGAUGCGCGCUUCUGUGAACCGGCAAUGGCGGAGGCGGUGACGGACGACGACUUCCGCUACUCGAAGUACCUGCAGCCACAGAGCACCUUUCACCGGAAAGAGAUGUUAGGCAGCGAAAAGAUGAUCAGUGACGAGGAGCUGCGUUUUGCGGCCACUCUUGUCCACGACGCAAUGGAGGGUCGCACCGUGGACAUCAAGACGGAAGCGAGAUACGUCAGGUCUUACAACCUGUACAAGGGCUGGCCGUUGACGUAUCUGCUAUAUGUGGCCAUCUCCAUCAACUUGUCCCUUGUGAUAUUCGAGGAGCCAGCCGACCCCGCCCUAAGUCUACCCAUACACGUGACGAUGCCUGUAGAAGCGCUGUGUCUUAUCUACUUCAUCAUCCGUACAGUCCACCACUAUCACUGGCGAAGAACUAGCCGCUUCUUCAGGGACCUGAAAAAUAUCUGCAUCAUCGCCAUCAUUGCGUUGAUUGUGGUAGACAUGAUAGUGUAUCUUAUCUGGUUGAGGGCAGUCCCGAACGGACAUCAUGUCCGGUUUUCCCGUAUCCUCCGGCCACUAGUCCUUGUCAACUUCUCCGACGGCAGACAGAUUCGAAGAGCGUGGAGGAAUAUGCGGCGGACCAUUAAGGAAAUCAUUCACGUCAUAGUUCUCUUCUACUUCUUCAUCUUCGUCUUCGCUGUAAUAGCCCUCCAGAUCUUUUCGUCAAGGUCGGACAUGCAGUUCCCGGACGGACGGCCGUACUUCAAGACGUACUUCGAAUGUGUGUGGGAACUAUAUGUCCUCGUCACCACCUCAAAUAAUCCAGACGUCACGAUCCCAGCGCUAACAAAGAGCCGCUUCUACUGCAUCUUCUUCUCUGUUUACAUCGUGGUGUGCUUCUAUAUGUUGCUCAACGUCUUCCUCGCCGUCGCUUACCAUAGCUACAACGAGAACAUGAAGAACGAAAUUAGACGCAGUUCCCGAGAGAAGAAAAAGAAGCUAGGACAGGCGUUCGAUGUGAUCAAGAUUGACCACAAUGGAAUGGAAAUGGUUACCUAUCGCACGUGGAAGCGCCUCAUGGGGCUCGCAAAACCGGGCCUCUCGAAGAACCAGGUCGAUCUUCUCAUGUUGAUUUUGGAUAUGGACAGAUCUGGUCAUAUAGGUCGGCGCGAGUUUAUGAAUGUCGCCGAUCUUCUCAAUGUUCCUGUGUCUGAAGUUGAAGACCGGAUAACUUGGUUGGAGAAAGUAGUUCCUCAAUUAUACAACUCGAGGCCCAGUGAAUACUUGAGGUCAUUUGUAGAUAGCGUGUUUUUCAAACUGAUGUACGAUAUCAUAGUUCUGAUUGAGAUAUUCCUGAUUGGUUUCGCAGUGGAAGGGGAAUCCGUGCCUUUCUGUCUACUCUUUAGCAUUGAGAUAUUACUCAAGGUGUACACGUUCGGGCCUAAACAGUACUUUCGAGAUUCAAGCAAUUGGUUCGACGUUGCAAUAACGUCGCUUGCUUUGGUGUUUCUCGUUAUCGGCUCUGCUUAUUCUCCGAAAGACCAGACCAGCGUCGUUGUAUUGCGAGAAAUAUCUCAGACUGUCAAGGUUAUGCGGAUAUUCCGAAUUCUUCGCCUCCUUGUUCAAAUCCAAAGAUUCAAAAUCAUAACAAACACGCUAGUCAACAUUUCCUUGGCCAUUUUGAUGUAUUGCGGCAUACUUUUCAUUAUAUUUUACAUCUUCGCUAUCAUCGGGUUGGAAUUGUUCAAGGGCAGAAUUAAGACGUUCAAUUCGAUCCCGACAAACACAACUGACCCCUCAUUGCUUUACUGCGGAAACGAAGUCCUAAAAGACAGCGCCUUUCAUGAAAGCAACUAUUGUUAUCUGAAUUUUAACGACAUCGGCAGCGCUACCCUUGUCCUCUGUACUAUCUUGUUCGAUAACAACUGGGACAUUGUCACCAACGGGUUCGUGCUAGUGACAAAUAAAGCGACCCGGGCGUACUUCGCCAUCUUUUACGCAUGUGUCACCGUAGUCGUUAUGAACAUUAUGACGGCGUUUAUCGUGGACAUGUUCAUGUACGAGUACACGAUACAGAAGGAUGGCAAAGUCGACUCCACCGUCGAGAAGAAGAUCAAAGAACUGGGACUUGGCAUCGACGCCGAAACAGGCUUAGAGAUAUCACAGCCAAUGUCAGAUGAGCAGAUGUCCGAAUUAAUGGAGGGUAAUAAUAUCAAACUGCCUCCUGUCCACCCUUGGAUUGAGAAAUCAACACCCAGAGGUUUUCGUAACGCCGAAAUAAGAUUUUCAACAUUCAGCUCGUACGUAAAUAAGAGAAAGAGUUCUAUCCCAACGCUAAACAAGUUUGACGGUAUACGAUUUCACAUCAAGAAGAAGGGUUGGACGAAGAUCGAGGUUCUGCUUCAGCAGUUAUAUGAUGGGGAAGGUGAUGUUGAUACCACCAUCGACUUCAAGGACAGGAGCGAGGAGAAUAAGGCGAAGACGAUGCUCGCGUAGAAACACUCUAUUAACGGACAAACAAGCACAGGGUUUAAAUAUUGAAUUGGAUAUGAUGAAUGCUUAUAAUCGUUUUCAAUUUAUUUUAUUGAGGUUUAAUAAAACAUCUCAAGCAAACCUUGAGAAUAUUUAUCAAAAUAAACAUUAUUACGUAUUAAGUGGACACUUUUGGUUUCAUUGUUAGCAUUUUAAAAUGAAUCAUUUUA